AAAUAAAGGAUAGGGAUAUUUUCUCUUUGGCUCUCCCUCCUCCACUCUCUAAUAGCUGUCCCUCAUCCUCCACAAUCUGAAUUGAGCUCUAUUUUCUCCUUCACCUCGGGAGCAUUUUCCAUGGCGAAAACCCUAAUUUCAUCUCCGUCGUUCAUCGGAACUCCUUUGCCGUCGUUCUCUCGCCAUGUCUUCCACCGGCGAAGGCUUAUUUCAACUAGAGUAAAAUUCAGCUUCCAUGAGCUUCCUCCGAUUCAAUCUCUUCACUCUUCGGUUGAUUUCAACGCUGUUAUUAGCCGAGCCGAAGGACUUCUCUAUACGUUAGCUGAUGCCGCUGUGGCUGCUGAUCCUGGUGUUGCCUCCGAUGCCACUGCUGCUACUCCUCAGAAAGCCGGUGGUUGGUUCGCUUUCAUUUCUGACGCUAUGGAAGUCGUUUUGAAGGUAAUGAAGGAUGGACUGGCAGCUGUGCAUGUGCCUUAUUCUUAUGGAUUUGCAAUCAUAUUGCUUACUGUCCUGGUUAAAGCUGUCACUUUCCCUUUGACAAAGCAACAGGUUGAAUCAACACUAGCAAUGCAAAAUCUCCAACCAAAGAUCAAAGCUAUUCAGCAACGAUAUGCUGGAAAUCAGGAAAGAAUCCAACUUGAGACUUCGCGUUUAUAUAAGCAGGCAGGGGUCAAUCCUCUUGCUGGUAAUUCUUCAUUCUAGCAGUCAGCUCUCUCU